AUGUCGUCCCUGGACACUCUGAUAAAAGCUCCUGAAGGCACCAAGCUAUGGCUCCUCCAUGUUGGCGAUAUGGAACUUGAUGAAGCCUUUGUAGUAACUGGGGCGAAUGUGGGGACUAUUAGCAACCCUCACCCACUUCAACAUAAGCGACGUCACUUGGUUCAGAUAUCUGCACUAAUCGAGCACCCGACUGAAGGAUUGAUUCUCUUCGAGACUGGCUCGGGCGGUAACUGGCCAACGGUAUGGGGACCUCCAUACAAUGACCUUUUUGCUCAAAUCGACUACAACGCAGACAAGGAACUCCCAGCAGCAAUUGCAAAGACUGGACACUCGAUCACAGAUAUCAAAGCCGUCAUCCUUGGACAUCUACAUCUGGACCACGCUGGCGGACUUGAGCACUUCACUGGAACGGAUGUCCCAAUAUAUGUGCACGAGAAAGAAUUGAAACAUGCAUUUUAUUCGGUUGCCACAGGAAGUGACCCGGUGGUUUACAUGGCUCAUUAUCUUCGUUUCGAUCUGAAGUGGAAAACUUUCAACACCGAUUUCCUGGAGAUUUUUCCGGGUUUGACUAUGCGCCAUGCACCAGGACAUACGCCUGGACUCUGCCUGAUGCAAGUCAAUUUACUGGAAAGUGGUACUUGGAUUUUCACGUCGGAUCAAUAUCACGUGAAGGAGAAUUAUGAACAGAACCAUCCUCAAGGCAAGGUUUGA